AUGACUUUUUUAUUUUUUUUCCUCUUGGCCUUUUCUCAUGCAAUGGCAGGGCUGCAUGUUGUGGGCGGCACUCCUAGGAGGAAGGAAGGAUGGAAGGAAAGCAAGCAAGUCAGUCAAUCGAUCAUAACCAAUUUGCGGUUGGCUGAGAUCACUUUCAUUCAGUCAGUCAUCCGCGGCCAUCCUUCCGGAAUUUGUAAUUAUGCUGAUAGGCUGGAGCGUAUGGCUCUUUUCGAAGGCCUGCUCCCCCUCACUCCCCGCGUGGCCAAUCCUCCGCCCAGAGGGUUAAGGUAUAUUACUAUCGACGUUAACUAA